UUUGCCGCCCCUGCCAGCGGCGCGCGGACCUGCUCGCGCUCCCGCCGCGGCGGCCGCCGCCCGCGCCCUCCGCCCCGCCGGCCUCUGCAGCGCCGCCGCCUCGGCUCCGCUCGCGGCCGCCCGAGCGCUCGCCAUGAACCCCAGCUCCCCGGCGGGCGACGAGAAGGGGGCGACGGGCGGCGGCGGCGGCGGUGGGAGCUGCUGCCUGGGCGCCGAGGGCGGCGCGGAGCCGCGGGGCGCGGGGGCAGCGGCGGCGGCGGCGGCGGCGGCGGGGGGCGCAGCUGCCCUGGAGGAGCCCGGGGCCGCGGGCCCCAAGGAGAAGGACGAGGCGCUGGAGGAGAAGCUGCGGAACUUAACUUUCCGGAAGCAGGUCUCUUACAGGAAAGCAAUAUCCCGGGCAGGACUGCAGCACCUGGCUCCGGCACACCCCCUCAGCCUUCCUGUGGCCAACGGUCCAGCCAAGGAGCCCAGAGCCACUCUGGACUGGAGCGAGAAUGCAGUGAACGGAGAACACCUGUGGCUGGAGACCAACGUCUCGGGAGACCUGUGCUACCUGGGAGAGGAGAACUGCCAAGUCCGAUUUGCUAAAUCCGCUCUCCGGAGGAAGUGCGCGGUCUGUAAAAUCGUCGUCCACACCGCCUGCAUUGAACAGCUGGAAAAGAUUAAUUUCAGAUGUAAACCAACAUUUCGAGAAGGGGGCUCAAGAUCACCAAGAGAAAACUUUGUGCGUCAUCACUGGGUGCACAGGCGUCGGCAGGACGGAAAAUGUAAGCAGUGUGGUAAGGGCUUCCAGCAGAAAUUCUCCUUCCACAGUAAAGAGAUUGUGGCUAUCAGCUGCUCCUGGUGCAAGCAGGCGUUUCACAAUAAGGUGACCUGCUUCAUGCUGCAUCACAUCGAGGAACCCUGCUCCCUGGGGGCUCAUGCUGCUGUCAUCGUCCCGCCCACCUGGAUCAUUAAGGUGAAGAAACCUCAGGUGAUCUCCAUACCAGGAGAUGAACUUGAACUUGGUUGGGCGGGAGACGAACCUGGUUGGGCGGGACACUGGAGCCCCUCAGAGAAUUUGGGAUUCUUCCAUUUUUACUGGGAGGGUUGGCAGAAUUCCCUGAAGGCUUCAAACCGGAAGAAGAAGAGAACAAGCUUUAAAAGAAGAGCCAGUAAAAGAGGAACCGAACAGGAGAACAAAGGCCGUCCUUUUGUGAUAAAGCCCAUUUCUUCUCCUCUGAUGAAACCUUUGCUCGUGUUUGUGAACCCCAAGAGUGGAGGCAACCAGGGAACCAAAGUCCUGCAGAUGUUCAUGUGGUACCUGAACCCACGGCAAGUCUUCGAUCUUUCUCAGGAAGGGCCCAAAGAUGCGCUUGAGUUGUACAGGAAAGUACCAAAUCUGCGAAUUCUGGCCUGUGGAGGGGAUGGAACGGUGGGGUGGAUCCUCUCUAUCCUGGAUGAACUGCAGCUGAGCCCUCAGCCUCCGGUUGGGGUCCUUCCUCUGGGAACUGGGAAUGACCUGGCUCGAACUCUCAACUGGGGAGGGGGCUACACAGAUGAACCUGUUUCUAAGAUCCUUUGCCAAGUAGAAGACGGGACAAUUGUACAGCUCGAUCGUUGGAACCUCCAUGUGGAAAGAAACCCUGACCUGCCUCCAGAAGAACUUGAAGAUGGCGUAUGUAAGCUCCCCCUGAAUGUUUUCAAUAAUUACUUCAGCCUUGGAUUUGAUGCCCACGUCACACUGGAGUUCCAUGAAUCCAGAGAAGCCAAUCCAGAGAAAUUCAACAGUCGUUUUAGAAAUAAAAUGUUCUAUGCAGGAGCAGCUUUUUCAGAUUUCCUACAGAGAAGCUCUAGAGAUCUAUCCAAACAUGUUAAAGUUGUUUGUGAUGGAACAGAUCUCACUCCAAAGAUUCAGGAAUUGAAGUUCCAGUGUAUAGUAUUUUUAAAUAUACCCAGAUAUUGUGCUGGCACAAUGCCCUGGGGGAACCCAGGAGAUCACCAUGAUUUUGAACCUCAGCGGCAUGACGAUGGUUACAUCGAAGUCAUUGGAUUCACCAUGGCCUCUUUGGCCGCCCUGCAAGUUGGGGGCCAUGGCGAAAGGCUGCACCAGUGCCGGGAGGUCAUGCUGCUAACGUACAAGUCCAUCCCCAUGCAGGUAGACGGGGAGCCCUGUCGGCUGGCCCCGGCCAUGAUCCGCAUCUCCCUGAGGAACCAGGCCAACAUGGUCCAGAAGAGCAAGAGGAGAACAUCCAUGCCUCUACUCAAUGACCCCCAAUCUGUCCCCGAUCGCCUGAGGAUCCGUGUGAACAAAAUCAGUUUACAAGACUACGAAGGAUUUCACUAUGAGAAAGAGAAACUCCGGGAAGCUUCCAUCCCUCUGGGUAUUCUAGUUGUACGUGGAGACUGUGAUUUGGAGACUUGCCGUAUGUACAUAGAUCGUCUACAAGAGGACCUGCAGUCAGUUUCUUCUGGCUCCCAGAGAGUUCAUUACCAGGAUCACGAAACCUCCUUUCCCAGGGCGCUCUCCGCUCAGAGGCUCUCCCCACGCUGGUGCUUUCUAGAUGCAACAUCUGCUGAUCGUUUUUAUCGAAUAGACAGAUCUCAGGAACAUUUGCAUUUUGUGAUGGAGAUUUCCCAGGAUGAGAUUUUCAUUUUGGACCCAGAUAUGGCGUUGUCUCAGCAGGCGGGAACACCCCCAGGAAUGCCAGAUCUGGUGGUGGAGCAAGCCUCGGGGAUGUCAGACUGGUGGAACCCUCCCCUGCGGAAGCACGUGCUGAGUGAUAGUGGGCUGGGAGUGCUAAGUCCGCAUUAUCAGGACUGUGAUAUGAGCGAUUUCAGCCACUCCCGUGUGCUACAGUCACCAGUGUCUUCAGAAGAUCAUGCAAUUUUGCAGGCAGUAAUAGCUGGUGAUCUUAUGAAGCUAAUAGAAAGCUAUAAGAAUGGAGGCAGCCUGCUAAUUCAGGGACCAGACCGCUGCUCACUCCUCCACUACGCAGCCCAAACUGGCAAUGGGGAGAUUGUGAAAUAUAUUCUUGACCACGGACCCUCUGAGUUAUUGGAUAUGGCAGACAGUGAAACGGGUGAGACUGCACUGCACAAGGCUGCCUGCCAGCGGAACCGGGCCGUGUGCCAGCUUCUGGUGGACGCAGGAGCAUCUCUGAGAAAGACCGACUCCAAGGGUAAGACACCUCAAGACAGAGCACAGCAGGCUGGGGACCCGGAUUUAGCUGCUUACCUAGAAAGUCGCCUAAACUAUAAGAUCAUUGGCCAUGAGGACCUGGAAACUGCUGUUUGACCCUGCUCGAAGGGUCAGGAGAACCUGAAUGAGCAUAUCACCCGUGCCCUCCCGGCGACUGGGCCACCUCCCUGGAAGAAGCUGAUGGAAUCCAUAUAUCUGUCUCUCUCCUGCAAGGAUCUCUCUGAGGCCAUACCACCAGUCUUUAAGGGCUACCAAGAUGUCCCAUGGAACCUGAUAGCCCACUGAGGAUGAGGCAGGGUACCUGGAGAUUUGUGGAGUGUAAGUUCCACAAAAUUCGAUCCUCAUUGCUUACAGCAAGUAGCAUGAACUUCUGUGUUCACCUGUAUAAUUUAUUUUAAAGAUUCAAAGGACAUUCGUAUAAAAGGCACUGCCCCCUCCGCCCUCUAUGCAUUCACCCUCUCCCUGUACCGCACAAUUCUACUGUAACUACCCAUCGAUUAAAAAAAAAAGAAAAAAAAGAUGGUAUGAUCACUUUACAUCCAGUCUUUGAAGACCUCAAGACUGUCUGAAGGUCUUUGCAAACCCUCCGAAUGUUCUGCAGAAAUAGAACUGUCAAACCGCUUCCAUUCCUGAGACUAAAUAUCCCAAGAGGACUUAGUGACUCUUUGCAUGUCCCCUCUCCACCCCAGUCCCUCUUCAUUCUGUAGGAGCUGGGAAGUGCCACAGGAAUCCUGCCAGUUUGUGAGCUCUGUCUCUGAGGUGCAGUGAAGUGGCUUGGGAGUUGUCUCUGC